GAUAAUAAAACGAUAAAAAAAACCCCGCCGAAAUGGAGACUUCUCAGAUUCGCCAGAACUACGACCGCGACUGCGAGGCUUUGAUCAACAAGAUGAUCAACUUGGAGCUUUACGCUGGAUACACCUACACCUCCAUGGCUCACUACUUCAAACGGGAUGAUGUCGCUCUUGCUGGUUUUGCCAAGUUCUUCAAGAAGAACAGCGAGGAGGAGCGUGAGCAUGCUGAGAAGUUCAUGGAGCUCCAGAACAAGAGGGGAGGACGCAUUUUGCUUCAGGAUGUAAAGAAACCUGAUCGUGAUGUUUGGGGCAAUGGACUGAUUGCUAUGCAGUGUGCUCUUCAGCUGGAGAAGAACGUCAACCAGGCUCUGCUGGAUCUGCACAAGGUCGCCUCUGAGAAGGGAGACCCUCAUCUGUGUGACUUCCUGGAGACUCACUACCUGGAUGAGCAGGUUGAGGCCAUCAAGAAACUUGGAGACCACAUCACCAACCUUACCAAGAUGGAUGCUGGCAACAACAGGAUGGCCGAGUACCUGUUUGACAAGCACACCCUGGAUGGAGACAGCAGCUAAAUGCAGCCUUCAUAUUGUAAAGCAUCCAGCUAUACUGUAUGCAUAAAAAAAUCAAGCAAUAUUGUCAUGCAGCUCUAAUGUUAUGUCUUUAGGCUUUGAGAGGUUAAAAGGUUAACAUUUAGAGGCUAUAUCUAUAAGAUACUGGCUCUAAUUGAUCAUCUUGUGAUUCUUAGUCAUAAAGCUGAAGCUUUUGUGUUUCAUGUACACUAAUUGGUUUUAACCAAGUGAAUUUAAAGAAUAAACUUUUUGGCUGGA